AUGAGGAAGCCGGAUCUGAUGAUAAAAGAUAGAGUAAACAAUAACAAGAGCAAGCUUAGGAAGGGGUUGUGGUCUCCCGAGGAAGAUGAGAAGCUAAUGAGGUACAUGUUAACCAAUGGACAAGGAUGUUGGAGUGAUAUUGCUCGAAAUGCUGGUCUCCAAAGGUGUGGCAAAAGUUGUCGUCUUCGUUGGAUCAAUUACCUCAGACCCGACCUCAAACGUGGUGCUUUCUCUCCCCAAGAGGAAGAGCUUAUCAUCCAUUUGCAUUCUAUUCUUGGCAACAGGUGGUCUCAGAUUGCUGCACGUCUUCCAGGACGGACAGACAACGAGAUUAAGAACUUCUGGAAUUCCACACUGAAGAAAAGGUUCAAAAAAACCAACAAUUCCACACCCUCACCAAACGACAGUGAUGGUUCAGAGCCCAGAGAUCAUGUCACAGGAGGAGGUGUGAUGCCCAUGCAUGAACUGGACAUAAUGAAUAUGUGCAUGGAAACAUUUUCGUCAUCAUCGACCUCGACCAUGCAAAAUUUUGUCGCAGGAGGAGGCUGCAGCCAGUUUGAUCCCUUUCCCAUGCUUGACAAUCGCUAUGACAUGAGUGGUGCAGCCGCAGCCGCAGCCGGGUUAUUCAACAUGCAGGCACAAGUUGGUACGGGGGAGAUUGGAUUUUAUGGACAAUAUGGGAUCUUAGAGGAUAAUAAUAUGGGAUUAGAAAGGGACCUUUCACUGCCUCCACUAGAGAGUAGAAGCCAUAUUGAAGAGAAUAUUAAUGCUCGGCCGGUGGAUUUGAAAAGCAAUAUUAACAACCACUUCAAUAAUGGUUGCUUCAACAAUACUGAUCAGAGCUUUAAAGUAGAAAACAUGUUUGGGUUUGGAAAUCAUGCACAAGGAGAAAGCUUAAAGAUGGGAGAAUGGGACUUUGAGGGUUUAAUGCAAGAUUUAUCCUCCUUCCCUUUUCUUGAUUUCCAAGUUGAAUAAAACCCACCACUCUUGACCGACAGAGAUUCCUAACAAUUUUGCUGCUUAAAUUGUUAGCAAUUCGGACAGCAAAUGUGCGAGAGUCUCUAUAGAGCCUACUUACCCGAGACUUGUUGGGACAGGUAGGCCCAAUAGAAACUCUUCAUAUUUGUUGUCAAAAUUGCUAACAAUUCGGACAGUAAAUUGCUGGGAUCCGGAUCCACCCUUGACUACCCUCCCUCCCUCCCUCCCUCUCUCACAAAACCACCCAACAAGCCAAACCCUAGGAAAUUUUUGGGGAAAAUAUUCUUUCUUUCAAAACCAUCAACUCAUACACAUAAGUCCUUUAUCUUGCUUAAUUUUUUCUUUUUGUUCCACCAAUAUACCUUGUUGUUUCUUUUAGCCUUCGAGAAAAACGUAUCCACCAAUGGUCCUUGGUAUUUCAAUUUCCUUGUGAGGCACUUUGGUCGAUUUGCGGGAACAGAUUGGUGCAAUAAUCAUCGUCCCAUGUAUUAUUAGUGAAGAGAAAUGUGAAUAGACAUAUAGCAGUCGAGAGGAAAAUAAAGAUUAAUAAUUAGAUGGUAGAAUAAUAUUGUAGUUUUUUGUGUACAAAGGAGAAAUAAUUUGGAGCUACAUCAAGUGUUAUUAUAUAUAGUUUAGUGGAAGAAAUAUCAUGUA